GCCGGGUAGGGCACGCGGGGCUUGGGGCGCCCGUCUUCCCGUGCUCGCCUCACUGCCGGCGCCCCGCGAAGAGAUCCGGGCUCCCCGACGCACUCCGAAUCGCCUCUUCCCCGCUCGCCCGGGCCGGAGGGGGGCCCCUUCAGGUGGGGUGCGCGUCUUCCGAGGUAGCGUGAGGAAGGGCGGCGCUCCGCGCCUGUGGGGCUGGGACUGCCCCAUAGGAGGAACGGAGGUCCCAAGUGGGCCGCCCACGCAGCGCCCGCUGGGUCCGUGGACUGGGCUGCCGAGUGGGCGGCGCUGGAGUGAGGGUCCCCCACCUCACGCUGCCGCACCCCGUGCCCUCCGCAGGAGCCCGGGGCCCCGGCCCCCCGCGAUGACCGCGAGCCGAAGCCGCAGGGGGCGCGGGUGCCCGGACUGCCCUCCCUAGCGGACGCGGCUUCCUCCUCGCCGCCCGACGGCGGGAUGGGGGGCGGCGGGUCGGCGCUGAGGGUCUGCGCCGAGCACCGCGGGGGUAUCAACUGGCUGAGCCUGAGCCCCGACGGGCAGCGCCUGCUGACGGGCAGCGAGGACGGCACGGCCCGGCUCUGGAGCACCGCGGACGGCCGGUGCUGCGCCCUCCUGCAAGGACACGAGAGCUACGUGACCUUCUGCCAGCUGGAGAACGAGGCGGCCUUCACGUGCAGCGCUGACCGCACCAUCAGGAAGUGGGACGUGCUGACCGGGCGCUGCCUGCAGGUGUUCCGAGGGCACACAUCCAGCGUGAACAGGAUCCUCGUCGCCAACAACCAGCUCUUCAGCAGCUCCUACGACCGGACAGCUCGCGCCUGGAGCGUGGACAAGGGGCAGGUGGCCCGGGAGUUCCGGGGCCACCGCAACUGCGUGCUGACCCUGGCCUACUCCGCGCCCUGGGACCUCCCCGGGGCUCCCUUCGAGGAGGAGGCCGGGGCCGGGGGCCUGCUGGUGACCGGCAGCACGGACGGCACGGCCAAGGUGUGGCAGGUGGCCAGCGGCUGCUGCCACCAGACGCUGCGCGGCCACACGGGGGCGGUGCUGUGCCUCGUGCUGGACACGCCCAGCCACAUGGCCUUCACGGGCAGCACGGACGCCACCGUCCGCGCCUGGGACAUCCUGAGCGGGGCGCAGCUGCGGGUGUUCCGAGAGCACCGGGGCUCCGUCAUCUGUCUGGAGCUCGUGAACCGGCACGUGUACUCGGGCAGCGCGGACAGGACCGUCAAGUGCUGGCUGGUGGACACAGGAGAGCGUGUGCGCACGUUCGCAGCCCACAGACACAGCGUGAGCGCCCUCAAGUACCACGCGGGCACCUUGUUCACGGGCAGCGGGGACGCCCGCGCGCGCGCCUUCGACGCCGAGUCCGGAGCGCUGCAGAGGGUGUUCCGCGGCCACGCCUUCAUCAUCAACUGCAUCCAGGUGCACGGCCAGGUGCUGUACACGGCCUCGCACGACGGCGCGCUGCGCCUCUGGGACGUGCGCGGGCUCCCCCGCGCCCCGCCGCCGCGCCCGGGGCCCCAGCGCAGCCUCUCGCGCCUCUUCAGCAACAAGGUGGGCUGCGCCACCGGCCCCCUGCAGCCGGCCUGAGCCCGCCCACGGCCGCCCACGGCCCCAGCUGGGGACCCACGGAGUGAGCGCGCCCGCCCCCUGGCGGCCGGAGCGGAGGAGACGGCCCAGUUCUCCGCGCGCGGCGGUUUUCCCUUUCUCUUCGUUUCCGUGGACGUUCGAGGCUCCCCCGUCCCCUGCGAGCCGGCCCACGGAAAGAGACUGCUCGAGCCCCCCCCAGGGGACCCGCUGGUCCCACCCCCUUCACUCCGGGGCCCCGCAUCACGGC